GUGUACCAGCACACCACUCAACAAGCGCCUUUCAAUGCCACUCAGACAGCCGACGACCGCCCUGCCAAAGAACUGGCCCAAAGAGAUCAUCUAUCUCUCGACGCUGCACAUCCCGCCUCCUCUGUCCCCGGACCUCCUCCAAACAACCACACGGCCAUCUUCACCGUCACCCUCUUCGCCUCCCAUCAUCCCUGCUCCGUCGCCGGGCCCGCUGUCGCCUCUGGUCCAGAUAAAACCCAUCACCGACCCCUCCCACCCGGCCUACACCCAACACGGCCUCUUCGCGACCCGGGCUCUCCCCCCCUCGUCGCUCGUGAUCCUGUACCUGGGGACCUUGCACUCGUCGUCGACCCCCAUCGACCCGGCGUCGGACUACGACCUCAGCCUGGACCGCGAGCUGGACCUGGCGAUCGACGCCUCGCGGCGCGGCAACGAGGCGCGCUUCAUCAACGACUACCGCGGCGUCCGGCCCGAGGGGCCCAACGCCGAGUUCAAGGACUGUUGGGUCGAGGUGGCCGCUGCCGCUCCCAACGGCAAGUGGGAGAGGAGGAUCGGCGUGUUCGUGCUGAGUCCAGGCAAGGCCGGGAAGGGCGGAGGUAAGAGGGCGAAGGGGAUCGCAAAGGGGGAGGAGAUCGUGGUGAGUUACGGCAAGGGGUUUUGGAGGGCGCGGCAGCAUGAGGAAAUGGGUCAGUGGGAGCCCAAGGUCGGCGGGCAGGAGGAUGGCUGA